UUUCCCCUCUGCCUGGGCCUGACCCAUUUGGCAUUCUAAGGACAAGCUCCCCAAACAGGGUUGGGCCUCUGUAGGCAGGAACUGGAGUCAGAGGCUUCCCCUGCUACUUGCUGAGAGAGAAGAACAGCAGGAAUGACUCUCAGUGCCUCUGCUCCUGAACCACAGGCUCCCAGUUGCCUGGAGGCCUGGGGCAGACCAGACACAUCUCGGCCUCAACCCAGCAAGACUCAGGAUGCAGGCCAAGUACAGCAGCACGAGGGACAUGCUGGACCCUGACUGGGACACCACCAUGAGCCUACAUUCUUAUACUUCUGCCACUACCCGGAGGCCGGAACCUGGACACUCAGAGCAUCCUCCUUCAUCUUCAGCCUGGCGUCCUGUGGCCCUGACCUUGUUGACUUUGAUCUUGGUGCUUCUGAUUGGCCUUGCUGUACUGGGGCUUGUGUUUUUUCAGUUCUACCAGCUCUCCAAUACUCAGCAAGACAGUAUUUCUCAAAAGGAAGAAAGAUUGGGGAAUCUUUCCCGACAGUUGCAAUCUCUCCAAGCCCGUAACAGGAAACUUACAGAAAUGCUGCAGCAUGUGGCUGAAAAACUCUGUUGGGAACUCUAUAACAAAACUGGAGAACACAGAUGCAGCCCUUGCCCAGACACAUGGAAGUGGCAUGGAGACAAAUGUUACCAGUUUUCUAAAGAGAGCAAGAGUUGGCAGGGCUGUGAAUAUCUCUGUAUUGCUGCCAACUCAACCAUGCUGAAGAUAAACACAGCAGAAGUGCUGGAGUUUGUCAUGCCUCAGAGCUUCUCUGAGUUUUUUUACUCUUAUUGGACAGGGCUCUCCCGUAAUGGCAGUGGCAAAGCCUGGCUAUGGCUGGAUGGAGUCCCUCACUCUUCUGAACUGUUUGAGAUUAUAAUAGAUCUCAACAGUCUAAGAAACCGGGACUGUGUGACCAUCCUCAAUGGGAAGGCCUUCUCAAAAGACUGCAAAGAGUUGAGACGGUGCGCCUGUGAAAGGAUGGCAACUGUGGUGGAGCUUGAGAGACUGCAAUUGUAGCUGAAUCCUUGCCAAGGAGCAGUUGACUCUGCAGCUUCCUGGACAAUUUGAACCUCCCUUUAGAGAAAUAGAAGAUGGGACAAAAAUCAGUCUCUGCUGGAUUUCAGUUCCUUUUUUUUUUUCUUUUUCUUUUUCUUUUACUUCUUCUAUUUGAUCCAUUUGUGUACAGCUCUUCCACAAAAACAUGGAGCCAAGCAAGGUCUAUGCAAAAGGUCUUUGAGAUAACAGGAAAAGAAAACCAGGAAAGUGAAUCUCUCAAACCAGUACAAGAAGACUUUUCAUGUUUUUUGUUAUCACCAACACUUCUGAACUGGGAUUCAUGCAGUCAUUUCCCAGUCACAAAGAAGUUCUAUUUACAUACCAUAAUCCAGGCCCAGACAACUAUGAAGUUGCAGUCUGUCUAACCUCUGGACUUAGAGACAACUGCUCUUUUUCCUCCGCAUCUGUUACAUCUCUCUAUUUUCAUGUCUCCUUUAAUAUUUGUUUAUUUGGGAAAGUUACAGAAGUAAAGGUAAUAAACUUGCCCAACAGCUAAGCAUUUCAUGAGAAAUUAGCAACCAUUCCCAUUUGUUAUGCCUAUGACCUACUUCUGACCGGGACAAUUCUUAUUAGAAUGUUAACUUCUUAUAUACUUUCUCCCAUGUUCAUUUAAGACUCAGCAACUGUUUUCUUUCCGUAGGAGUAGCUCCUUGAAGAGAAGUUUUCUCAACUUGGUUCCUUAUCAGCAUUACAGACUGUGAUGCUCACUUUUGAGAAAUUGAGACAAGAACAAGUCAAUCAUUUUUAUGUGUACCUGCAAUGAUUUGGUUUCAGUUCUUAUUUUCUUCCCUUUGAUCUGUGUUUAUAUGAGUCAGGUACUGAAAAAUUAAUAAUAAUAAAUAUAAAUCAUGUGAAGUUUA